CGACUACAAGCUUCCUACCUAGACGGCGACUUGCAACCAGCGAUCCCUUCAUCGUCGUUGUCCCAUCUCCCCUGUUUCCCGUCCCUCUAACAAGACGUCAUGUCGGCACCAAACAUCCUGAACGCCAUCUCUCGGUGGGCUGUCCCAGUCUUCAUUGCGGCAUCUUUCGGCCAGGCUGCGAUUUACGAUGUUAAAGGUGGAACAAGAGCAGUCAUCUUCGACAGAUUGUCGGGUGUACAGGAGAAAGUCGUCAAUGAAGGCACACACUUUCUGAUACCGUGGCUGCAAAAGGCCAUCAUCUACGAUGUGCGAACGAAACCGAGAAACAUCAGCACAACGACCGGAAGCAAGGAUCUGCAAAUGGUCAGUUUGACCCUGAGAGUGCUGCAUAGACCCGAGGUGCAGAGACUACCCAAGAUUUAUCAGUCACUCGGUCAAGAUUACGAUGAAAGAGUCCUCCCAUCCAUUGGAAACGAAGUCCUCAAAGCCAUCGUGGCGCAAUUCGAUGCCGCCGAACUCAUCACACAAAGAGAAGCAGUCUCAAAUCGAAUCCGAAACGACUUGUUGCGGAGAGCGCAGGAGUUCAACAUCGCGCUUGAGGAUGUGUCCAUUACCCACAUGACCUUUGGUCGAGAGUUCACCCGCGCCGUCGAACAGAAACAAAUCGCACAACAAGACGCCGAAAGAGCACGAUUCAUCGUCGAGAAGGCCGAACAAGAGCGACAAGCCAACGUCAUCCGCGCGGAGGGAGAAGCCGAGUCUGCAGACAUUAUCAGCAAGGCGGUGGCCAAGGCAGGCGACGGUUUAAUCCAGAUCCGAAGAAUCGAAGCCAGCAAAGACAUUGCACAAACGCUGGCGACGAAUCCCAACGUGACCUACCUUCCCGGCGGUGGAGAAGGCGAAGGUGGAAGUGGCAAGGGUGCCGGUCUCUUGCUCGGGCUGAGGACGUAAAAGUGGGAGAAGACCCUAAUUGUCUUGUCGAAAGGGCGACAGGACGAGACCUUGUAAAGUUAUUGAUCACCACUAUUACUCGCGCUUUUACCUUUGGGUCCUUCUGUAUUCCCCAAUGUAGCAUUACAUAGCGAGUGGAAGUAAAAUCGAACAGGAAAUUCUCAACUUUGCA